CUUCUUCCUUCUGUCUUCGACACAAGCAGUUCUCGUGUCGGCAUUCACUUCUUCUGGAGCAGGUCUCUCAGCUACAGCUGGUCCUGCCUCAUACUUCUUGUUCCAGCGGAACACCUUUCUUUUCUAAUGGCACUCGCGGGUCUCGAUGAUACCACCACUAAUUUUGCAAUCCAUCCCGAUUACCGACAGGUCGCUGCGUUUGCGCUAGGAUGGGUGUUCAUUACGAGUCUUAGAUCUAUCUUCUCGUCGGCUCUGGUCCAACGGCUGUUGGGCUUUGUGCGCUGGAGAACCCCAUCCUCGGUCGGACGCCUUGAUCUAGAGCGGUUGGGGCACGCUGAGAAAGCAUCAUGGGCUAGUUCAGAUAGUGGCAGCAGUUCGGACCUUCGUCGUGGUUAUAUGAGCACAGCAUAUUUUGCACUAUUUCUCUGUUUUCUCUUUGCCAGCAUCGCUCAGUUCGCGUCUUUGCUUGCAUUCCCGACAAGUAGUGAUGCGGCGUGUGCAUUUGUUGUUGCCUGGGGCGGGAUGGCUGCGCAGUCCGGACGUCUGGUUGGCGCCCUCAUCGUUCUGUCUGAACUCCGCAAGAUGGGCAUUGCGCGUUGGGAGUUUUGGGUCGCUGUUGGCUGGCUCAUUGUGGGAAUAGCCUUCAUCUUUCUGAAUAAUGCUGUCGGAGUUGGGGUGCUGACUCCUUUUGCACCUCUUGGUGUUGCGUACUGUGACCGGAAACAUUUCCUUCCCGCGUCACUCGUUUCUUCGAUCCUUUAUUUCUCUUUGGAAGUCUACGCUGUAGCUCGCAUGGUGCUGUUUCUCUCCGGCACAGCGCAGAUGCGACUGGUGAUGUUUGAUAUCCGAGUCCUGCGACCUCUGGCGCUGAUCUUGCUCGAGCUCUUGACGCUCGUUCCGUCCGCUGUAUUCACCAAUACUGUUGCAGAGUUUGUCCCAUUCAGUAUCGGGGCAUACGCUGUUUUAUUUGCCUUCAGCCACAAACAACGGCACCGGCCGACCGUUCCACGAGAGUCUGUGUUAUCCUUUGAGACCUACCCUUCGGUUCAACCCUUCCGAGAGCCGCCCCACAUGGCUCGUCCUGGUCGGGCUUCUUCUCAGAUGACUGCUCCAACUCCAACGAUCCGACAUGCGUUCCCAACAUCAUACCAAGCUGAUGGGUGGGAGUCACCUCGUAGCGCGCAUAGUACGCGCACGAUUGAGACGAUGGGAGCACACAGCAUCGAUCAAGCCGUUGUGUCGGUCAGCCAAAGAGUACCUGCCGCUUCGCCUGCCAUCAUCCCCGUCAAGAGUCGUGCGAUUGUACCAUCUCAGAUUGCCUUUGCAGAACGACUAGACCGAGACGACGCACAGGCGAACCUACAAGCCGAACGGCCCCGACCCACUCUCACCCUGCCGGAUGUUGAUAAUGACGGUGACGAUAUCUCAGAUCUCAUCUCACCCGCUUCCCGGACGCAGCGGUCUCAUUUCAGGCUCUCGCGGUUAAUGGAAGGCUCUAGUCGACAGGUCUCAUCUCGGACGUCGUUGUCUGCUUCGUCGUCGGCAGAUUCGGUCGUUCGCACGUCCUUGCCGCCCGUCAUGCGAGAAUCAUCCAGCUUGCAACGGAGCUCAUUGACUUCGCAUCACAGCAUGGCGGCUGAUUCCUCUUCCACCCACUCCGGACAUCGGCGCAGUGUCUCAAUUCCAAUACCGUCUCGGUGGCCCACCUUCAACGGAGGGCAGCCUCGACCUGCUGUGCUCCCAACUCCCAAGCCGCCACCGCUCUCUUAUACCGAAGCCCCUCGAGGGCCCAGACCUGCUCCGCCCUCAGUCCAAGGCCCCAGAAUCAAUUUCUGAUUUACUUGCUUUACCCUAUCGUUUAUCUACUGACUGAUGUGAACACUUGAACAACUUGAGUAUGAUUUAAUUUCGGACGACAUAACAGCACGUGAUCGCAUAUACUCUACAAUGACGGCGACAUUGUCCUCCAAGGCCGCUGCGGCCGAGCGGCAUAGACAUCUGCUAUCUAAGAAAUGGAACACGAAAGAUUUCGACAGAGUGAACGUUUUGGGAAACGACGGGUCUUAUGGACACUCCGGAUGCGUGAAUGCGCUGAGCUGGGCGCGAGACGGUGAAUUGUUGCUGACUGCGGGAGAUGACCGAACAGUGCAAAUCUGGAGCAUGGACCCAUCCCUCGAACAUGACUAUCCGUAUAUCUGCCGUGGCGUCUUGAAAACAGGACACCGGGCAAAUAUAUUCAACGCCAAAAUGCUCCCUCACUCGUCCAAGAUUGCGACAGUAUCGGCUGACGCUCAAGUCCGGCUGCACGACAUGGGAGAUCUGAGCGUCUCGGCCCCGAUUUCUAUCUCGGAUGGACGAUACAGCUGUACACAGACUCUGCGGUGCCACGAACAGCGGGUCAAGCGAAUCGUGACGGAAGACAGUCCGCACCUGUUCCUCACUGUCGCAGAGGAUGGCUGCAUUAGGCAACACGAUAUCCGGACGGCGCAUUCAUGCGGGGACGCAUGUCCUCCACCGCUGCUGGAUAUCGGUUUCGAGCUCUCGACGCUGUCGCUUUCGCCAUUGACUCCGUAUCAGUUUGUCGCCGCGGGAGAGGCGCCCUAUGGAUAUCUCUUCGACCGGCGCCAGAUCAGCCGCCUUUCGAUGGCGGAGCGUGCGCGAUCCCUGAGGAUGGGGGUGACCAAUUGUAUCCGCCGGCUCGGCCGGCAGGAGGGAACGCGCAAGCGUCACAACGACCAUAUCACCGGGUCCCGCAUGUCUAUACUAAAUGGACACGAAGUAUUGCUCUCUUACAGUGGCGAUGCGGUUUACCUGUACUCGACGCGAGAUGACUGUGUGGGACAAGACGAUUCCUACAUGUCCGGCGUGCCUGUGGUUCCGCCACGACAAUGUUUCAGAGGCGCUCGGAAUGUGGACACAAUCAAGGACGGCAAGCAACUAGUCAACUUUCUGGGCUCGCAGGAGCAGUUUGUCACAUCUGGUUCCGACGAUGGGAACAUCUUCAUUUGGAAGAAGGACGGCGGGUUGCAUUCAAUCUUGGAAGGGGAUAGCAGCAUCGUCAAUGUGAUCGAAGGACAUCCCCAUCUGCCACUGUUUGCUGCCAGCGGCCUGGACAGCACAGUCAAAUUGUUUGGUCCAACCUCCAGUCCAAGUGUCUUUUCCAGAACCGCAGACGCUGAGGAUAUCAUCGAGACUAACGAGCGUCGAACCGCUUCUGGUCACUUGCGACACAUCGAUAUUAUGACCAUGCUGUACACGGCAACAGCUUCAAAUGCGUCGCCAGAUAACAAUGGACAGUGUCAGCAUCAGUGAUUAAUUUUGUCCUCUGUCGAGGGGCAAGACGCACCAUCUCUCUGAAAAUGGGUAACAAUUUCGGCAGAUAGACCAGAUCGGGAGGCUGAAUGGCAGCUCCCCGUUUUUUCUUCGAUUUUUGGGGCGGCGGCGGUGCUUUCCGUGUAGGAAGAGGGGAAGGGACCAUUCUGUGAUUCGGGGACAUUGGAGACGGACUUGGUGGAAGCGGCUUCGACAUGGCUGCUACGAGGCUCCUCGGCAGUGGUGGCACGGGGGGAGAAUCGUGGCUGCGGCGCACGGCAGUUCCGUUUCUUAAUUCGUCUUUCACGGAAGACAUGGACCGCGAGGAUUUCAACGAUAUCGGACGUGGGACCGUCAACAACGUCUUGGGAGGCGGUCUUGGUGUUUGCAUAGGUGUCUCCUCUGCCUCUGCACUUCGAUCGGUGUCCUCCUCGCUGUUUCCCUCCUCGUCGCUACCGCUGUCCGAUGCAGACUCAAACUCGCUGUCGUCAUCGUCGUCCUCAUCUUCCUCGUCCGUGUCCUGGGCGGCAACAUCAAUGGCGUCCCCGUGAAUUAGCUCUCCAAAAUCGAUCUCCUGAGCCACUCCGUCCACCAGAGCUUUCGUCAUCUCGUCCUCGGCAUCUGCGUCAUUUGCAUUGGCACGCGCCUUACCAAAGCGCCGUCGGAUUUUGUCUUCGUAGAGGACCUUCAGCUUGUAAUGGUAUACAGCCACUUUGUCCACCUCGUCCAUAAUGCGAUCACGUUCCUCCCCAGUGUGCGGCAGAAGGAACUCGAGACUAAGUGGAUCUCCGAGUCCUUCUCGAACGACAGUGAGGUAGAGCUCAAUCCACCGCAUGAGACUGCUGAAGAGCCCUUCGCCUUUCGAAUGGACCUUGUGCACAAAAUGGUAAAACGACUGCUCGUGUCGC